CCGUUUCGCCCGUGAGCGACUAAACCCAACCGCCCCGCCCUUAACGUGCUUUGCGUUUUGCUUGCGCCAUUGCACGCAGUUUAUCUCCUCGUCCUAUCUGUCAUGUGCAGGCGCAGUGCAAUGUACCCGAGCGAGGGCUUGGUGGUGUGGAUGGGCCUGGGCGAAAGGGAUGGAGUAUUGCAGCAGCAGCAGCAGCAGCAGCAGCAGCAGCAGCAGCAGCAGCAGCAGCAGCAGCAGCAGCAGCAGCAGCAGCAGCAGCAGCAGCAGCAGCAGCAGCAGCAGCAGCAGCAGCAGCAGCAGCAGCAGCAGCAGCAGCAGCAGCAGCAGCAGCAGCAGCAGCAGCAGCAGCAGCAGCAGCAGCAGCAGCAGCAGCAGCAGCAGCAGCAGCAGCAGCAGCAGCAGCAGCAGCAGCAGCAGGGAGAUAGGGCAGAGGCGCCAAGAGAGGAGCGUGGAUGGCAGCACCCAGGGGAUGCGUCUUCAAACUAGGGGCAAGGAGGACAGGCAGGGGGCCAAACCAGGGCUUGCGUCUUCCACUCGGAGGAAACCGAGGCGUCCGAAACUGGGGCUUUGCGUCCGAACCUGGUCCGAAGCUGGUCCGAAAAGUUCGGACCGGGAGGCUCGGAUGGUAGGGGCAGUCUGGGCGUGGCCAGCGGCGUGAACGAAUGAAGGGCCCUAACCAUAUGUUCUCGCCCACGGCAUCCAGAAGCCAAAAGUGCCUAGUGUUUAGCGUUG